UUAACAUCUGGGCACAUUUACCUACGGUGCUUGCUACGAGAAGAGUUCGUCUUUCUGCCGAUUCCGAACGAGAUGACUCGCGUAGAAAAAAAGCGAUACAGCCGCCGACGUUUCUACUACGCGGAAAUUCUGAUGGCCCCAUCCUGACUUCGUUUUGUUCGUUGGUUCCUUUGGCGAUAAGAGGUAGCGCACACAGAAGAAUCAUAGGUGCACAGCGAGCGUUUUCCUUUUCGCUGGUAGAAAACAAUCCUGAACCUCCCGGACACUAUUCGAAAUAGCUCCCGAAGCAGGGAUAGAAGAGUAUUUUUUUGGAUCGUUUAUUCAUCUGAGUAAAACAGAACCUUAUCGUUCAAGUCAGAGAAUGUGAAAAAUGGGGAACCCCGCCUUCGGUGCGAGAAUUGGCCUCGAUUCCUGAGCCCACUGCGAACAAGUAGUGAAGAACUCAGGUCCACCUCGGUGCCAAGCCGGGCGUCGAGCGAGAGUUUCGUCGGCGUAGACGUAGUGCCAACCGGCGACUCGUGUAUCUGUGCAAGAGACCUUCCAAAUGUCCACUCAAAACCCGCGGUCCGGGGCCUCUAAGGCCAGCGAGAGCAGUAUGAUGAAGCUCCGAUCAAAUUUGACCGGCGCAAAGGAGUCCAGAAAACGGGCGGAGCUCGAUGCCCAGUUGCUAGCCAAUCGUACUUUACUGUUCUUUGAUGUAGUACUGAGGCAACAAGUGCCAGCACCUCCGGAUGCUAGUGCGAGCACGGUAUCGAUUAUUCAAACAAUAUCACAGGUAUCGCUCUAUUGAAGCAAGAGGAGGAGAAGGCAUGGAAGAAGAUAGACGAAACGAGAAAGCGAGCUGGGGAGAUAGUGGGACUGCGAACGGUGAACGAGAGCAAGUUCAUGGCCAAAGAGGACUACUACAAGGGAAAAUGGGAAGGCAUAAGGCAGGCCCAAGCACAAAACGCGUAUAUAAAUCCGGCUUGUGAUGUUUUGCUUUUUUGGGAAAUUUGGCCUUGCAUGUUAUGUACAACAGUGCGGCUCUACGUUUUUCAUGUAUUCGCCGAAUGGAAGAUGAAAUCACAAUGAAAAAAAUCUCUCUGCAGAUAUAACCGCGACAAAGCAAAGGCAACACGAGACCAGACGAAGACGGAGCUCAUGGGCCAAAAAAAGAAGCAAGUAGACAAUGUCAAGGGCCUCAGUCAGGUAUGUUUUUCCAUUCGGUCAUGCUGAAGAAACUAAGAGAUCACAAUCACUCACGCUGCGCUUGAAUACUCCCUCCUGUGGUUUCGCUCUGAAAGAAAUGGUGUCAAUUAUGCUUUGCAAAAAACAACAACUUCACUGACUUGCAGCAAAACUUGAUGGCCAAGAAAGAGAGACAAGCCAUGGAGCAGCAGAUAAAUAACGAGCGGUCGGAGAUGAUUCGCCGACAAAAAGCAGAGGCGAAAGCCAAAUUGGAGCGGGAGCAAGAGGCGAAAUUGCAAAAGUAUUCAAAACUACAAACUAGUACCACGUGUUGUCCUUGUCAACAGGUCUUUUCUUCACUCAGAUUGUGCUUCUGGUGCUCCAGGAGAAUAAUUUUUAACAUGCAACGUAAUAGAGGUGCCACUGGCGCUGCCGGCUGCCAUGGAGAUAGAUUGGGCGACCGGAGGGCGGACACGUAUUUGGUUUCGAAUUCCACAAUCAUAUGCGACUGCACAGGUACCGCUCGGAAUACGAGAACCGGGUUGCGCAGGAGGAGAUGUUGCGGGCUCGGACCGAAGCCCUCGUGGCGCAGAUGGAGAAGGAGGAAAUGGAAUUGAUUCAGCGUUUACAAAACACCCAGACGGUGCAAAGACGUGCCUACGAGGUAAUGUUGACUUUCUAAGUAAUUGUAAGUACUUCCUGCAGAACUGCUGCUCUUUGGGUCUUUGGUCUUUCUGGGGGACGGACGUCAGAGGUGGGCCCUCCCUGCACAAUAUUAAAUGGUGGCGACUUCCAGAGGUACUUUUCAGCAGGAGAAUCUGUGCGUUCAUUUACUGAGUUAUGGUGUUGCAGCAAAUGAGAUGAAACACGAAAAAAACGAUCCAUACGAAUCACCACAGGAGCUCGAGGGCGCUCUGGGUGCGACGACAACCUCUUCCGGCAACAAGCUGGCAGCCUCGCCGUCUACGAUGGCAGAGAUCAAGGAAAACUAGCUCAGCAGACACGUCUGUUUCACCGGAGGACCUCCGCUUUUUUAUAUGGGAUCAACCUCAGCGCAUUUUGUAUUACGGUAACUAGCCCCAACGGAGUGUAGAGUCCACAAGAGGUGGAUUCUAUCCCCUUCAGGUCAAACCUAGCAGAUUCUUAAAUUCGAAAAGUAGACGAGAAAAACCCUCUCAAUUCCAAAAGAGUAAAUUAGCAGAUUUAGAUUUCACUUUCAAAAGACUCACGGUCAGCGCGUGGUCCAGUCGUCUCAGAGGACCAAAGAGUCCUUCGUUAAAGCAGAAAAAUUUCACUUUUAAUACACUGUUCGUGUUGGACACCAUCAGGGUCCAGGAAAGUUUCUCGAGACUUAUUUUUCGAUCCUUUGUUUUUUAAACGGACGCAGCUACGCACUGAGGCUCCUGUACUGAGUUUUAUUUUCCGGGUUGAUAACGGUCGUAAGUACAUGAUUUUCAGACAAUCCAAGGGAAGGGACGGACGUGGUCGGGCUACUGUCGCAGUGCCAACGCCACUGGUCACACCGUCGAUUAUUUUGACGCUGUUGGUCGCAAUAUUUUGUAGGAAGCACUCGGGAGCGGAACUGCGAGCAAUUGAUUUCAGAUUUCACCGUAACAGAAAAAUGAACCCUGUAUCAACUACACUGAAAUGUGCAAAGACACUUUUUUUCAACAUGGACGAUACACCUAUGUACAUACUUGGAAACAUGAGAAAGU